AUGUCUAGCUCUCCAGAGGUCCAACCAAAUUCUUCUAAAUCACCCUCUAACCAGUCAUCCUCAUCUAGUGUUGGUCCCGGUGGCUCAGAGUCGAAGGAUGCCGUUCAAGUUGGCCCAGAUGGACAGCCAGUGAAGCGGGGACGGCGAAGCAAUCCAAAGGUCAAAACCGGUUGCUCCAACUGCAAGCAGAGGAGAAUCAAGUGCGACGAGCUACGACCAGCCUGUACUCAAUGCGUGAGAAGCAACAAGGAAUGCACAGGUUAUCCCCCGCCGCCUCGAAGCGCCAGACCGCUGGUAGAUGUUAGAAUUGCACCCAAACCGGUCUUGGCCAUUCGACCCCAAGCGGCAUCUGUGACUACGCAUUCCAAGAUUUUCAAAGAGACAACAGUCUUGCCUCCUCGCCGAGCCAAUCGGCGGAAACGGCAACAGGCUGCCGUCAUGCAGCAUGCCCUCAUAGCUGCUGCAAUCGUCCCUCCAUUGUAUCAACCUUCGAGCAAUUUAGGAUUCCAGCAAGGGGAGGGCUUAUACUUUGAGCUCUUCCGCGUUCAGACUGCUUCGGAGCUCUCAGGAUACUUCAAUUCCAACUUCUGGGCUCAGCGAGUUUUGCAGGAAUGCCAUGCCGAGUCUGCUAUCCGGCACUCGGUUAUUGCGCUGGGUGCUCUGUAUAAAACUUUGGAGCAAAGCUUCUACAUGACCACUCUCUGCUCUGAGAAGAGAGAGCUGUAUAUGGGAUCCUUGGUGUCCCAUUGGCAGGUUGCGAUUAAACAGUACUCUGACGCAAUGAAUGCGAUGAUGCUUCUCAAUGGACAGAGUUUGCGAUCGUUUAGAACUCGACUCAUGGCUAGUAUUCUUCUGGCAUGCUUCGAUUCGUUCAUUGGAGACCACAAACAGGCCAUCCGUCAAAUUCAGACGGGACUUGGCUUGUUAGAAAAGCUCCAGACUCUUUAUCCCAAUCACCGAAGGCCAGGUCCAGAAGGGUAUAUCGAAGACGACUUACUCAUUAUUUUCACUCGUUUAGCUAUCCAGGCUAAAUCAUAUGACAUGGCUUUUCAUUUUCCUCAACCGUACGUCAUACGGUUAACACCACAACAACCACAAUCCGGCGGCUCAUCACCCAUCUCGUCAGAUAUCGGGUCACCCGGAUCGCCACCCAGUAUACCAGUUCCCGCCCGAUUCGAGUCACUUCUAGACGCCCGCCUAGCUUCAGACAGGCUGUGUGAGAAGCUGCUCCGAUUUAUUGAACGACUCCAAAUUGCUAAAAAUAACAAGAGCAAUGUGCUGCCCGCCUCAUGGAGGCAAUACGGUGUUGACCUAAAAAGCGAGUUGGAUGCUUGGGCUGUCGCUUUUGAGCACAUAUUUCACUCACGUCUGGACCCUCGCGUCGGCCCCGUUGAGAAAUCAGGUAUAUCUGCGCUGAAAAUGUUUCAGAUCAACACCAAUGUUUUGUUCUUGAUGAUGUUUUGCGAUACUGAAGUACAGUUUGAUGGCUUUUUCCCACAUUUCAAAGCCAUUGUCGAUCUUGGCUGGGAGGUUGUCAGCGCAGAGGAAUCAAGGGCGGCAGCAGAGCGAGAAAUGAACAGCGAGAACGGCCAGCAUCAACAUACGAACACCAAGGGUGCGUUCAGGGCUGGCAAAUUCAACACGCCUCACAUCAAGCCGAGCUUUUCAGCAGAUCUCGGUAUUGUGCCGCCCUUGUUCGUCGUGGCAACAAAGUGCCGUGAACCGAGGCUCCGACGACAAGCCAUUCAACUGCUGCGCAGCAGUGCGAGAAGAGAGGGUAUGUGGGACAGCGAGUUGGCAGCCAAGAUAGGACACUGGGUUAUGCAAAUCGAAGAAUCAGAUACGGCUUUGUCGCCAACGUGGGACGAAACAGUGCUGCCGAUGAAACCAAUCCCCGAAGAGAAAAGAGUCAUGGUCAAGUCUGUCGAUUUUGAUCUUCGUGAUCGAUUCGCUGAUCUUCGAGUGGGCACGAGAGCAGUACAUGAGGGAUCUCACGAUGACAGGGUUCGAACUACCAGGCUUGUUUGGUAA